CCACGACACCGCCGAGACAAUCAAUCCCAGCUUGCUGGCUGCUUGCUCGUCAAUCCUUUCCAGCAAUGGCAUCGCGACUAGGCGUCGAGCCGUCGCUCGACACGGUUCGCGAAGUGCUGUCUUCCUACGUGAAGGUGCCAAACCCGCCCAAUCUCGUUCCCAUCUGCUCGUCCAUCUCCGCCGAAUUCCUCACGCCCGCCUCCAUCUACCUCAAGAUAGCUGCCAAGUCCAAGUCGAAGCUUUCAUUCCUCUUUGAGAGCGCCGCGACUACCGAGACAAUUGGAAGAUACAGCUUUGUUGGUGCAGACCCGAGGAAAGUCCUCAAGACAGGCGCAGGUCAUGGCGAGGAAUGCGACCCCUUGCCGGCACUCGAGAAGGAACUCGCCGAGGUGCGAGUGGCCUCGAUCCCCACCAUGAAACUCCCUCCUUUGACCGGCGGCGCCAUUGGCUACGUGGGGUAUGACUGCGUGCGGUAUUUUGAGCCGAAGACAAAGAGGGACCUGAAGGACGUGCUCAAGGUCCCCGAGAGCUUGUUCAUGUUGUUUGACACCAUUGUUGCCUUUGACCACUUUUUCCAGGUGGUCAAGGUUGUGACUUACCUGAAGGUGCCCCAGAAUCUGGAUGACUUGGAAGACGCAUACAACGCCGCACAGGCCGUGUUGCUGGAGACGGUGGCGAAGCUGAAGAGCGAGGACAUCCAGUUGCCCCCGCAGGGCCCGAUUGAGCAAAAUCAACAGUACACGUCGAACAUCGGACAGGAAGGUUACGAGGGACACGUCAAGAAGCUGAAGGAGCACAUUGCGGUGGGCGACAUCAUUCAAGCCGUGCCGUCACAGCGAUUUUCAAGACCCACAUCGUUGCAUCCGUUCAACAUCUACCGACACUUACGGACUGUCAACCCAUCACCCUACCUUUUCUUCCUUGAUUGCGAAGACUUCCAGAUCGUCGGUGCAAGCCCGGAGCUCCUGGUCAGAGCCGACACGGGCCGGAUCAUCACGCACCCGAUUGCGGGCACAGUCAAGCGCGGCAAGACGAUGGAGGAGGACGAGAGACUGGCCGAGGAGCUUCGGAGCUCGCUUAAGGAUAGGGCUGAGCAUGUCAUGCUGGUGGACCUUGCGCGGAAUGACGUGAACAGAGUGUGCGACCCGCUGUCGACUCGGGUAGAUCGGUUGAUGGUCGUGCAGAAGUUUUCGCACGUCCAGCAUCUGGUAUCGGAAGUAUCGGGCGUGCUGCGCGAAGACAAGACGCGCUUCGAUGCGUUCCGAUCGAUCUUCCCGGCGGGCACGGUGAGCGGGGCGCCGAAAGUGCGGGCCAUGGAGCUCAUUGCCGAGUUGGAGGGCGAGAAGCGCGGCGUGUACGCGGGCGCGGUGGGCUACUUUGGCUACGGCAGCGUCAAGGCGGACGGCCGCGAGGAGGAAGGAGCCAUGGACACGUGCAUUGCGUUGCGCACAAUGAUGGUCAAGGAGGGCGUGGCCUACUUGCAGGCGGGCGGGGGCAUCGUCUUCGACUCGGACCCGUACGACGAGUGGAUGGAGACGAUGAACAAGCUCGGGGCGAACAUGCAGUGCAUCACGUCGGCGGAGCAGAAGCAUCUAGACGAGCAGGGACAGGGGGACGCCAAAGCGCACGUCGAGCUGGGAGGCUAGAGACGGGAGAUGAUGCAAUGGCGACGGGUGGUGAGCGGGCCAGGCCAGACGGGGUGACGGGGAGUUAUCGAGAAAAAGCUUGAAAGGGCGGUGGUAGUGCAUCACGUGGGCCGGUGCAGAGCGCGAAACGACCAUUGCUGCUGUGGCACGUUGAAAUUUCCUGCCGAGUGCGACGCGGUGGCUGGCAGGAUCCAAGGCAGAUCGCCGCAGGGGCCCCUGCUAAAUCAGGUUUACAUACAUGGUCAUCAUGGUCGUGCCUGCAUGCUGCUCCAGAAACAUAAAAGCUUGAUCUUCCAACCUCUCCAGCCACCCAUCUGCA